AUGAACAAACGGCAAGUGUCAACGGCUUCUGCGCAAGACUCUGCUUUCGAGAGUCGUCCUCGCAAGCGAGUAUGUAAGGCAUGCGACCGAUGUAGGUCAAAGAAAGCCAAGUGCGAUGGGGAGAGCCCCUGUGGCCGUUGUACGCUAGACAAGACCAGCUGUAAUUAUGGAGAGAGAAAGUCAGGCCGUGAAAAGGUGUAUCCUAGCGGAUAUGCCGAGAUGCUGGAGGAACAGCAAAAAUGGCUGGUUUACGCAGUACAGAAACUAUAUCGGCAUAUGACACAAGGCGAAGAAUGGCCUGGAGCCCCUUUACGAUGCGAAGAGAAUGGCCAUCCGCUAACCCACGACAUACUCCGCUGUCUGGGAGCCCUUGGACGGUCAGAACACCGUCUAUUGGAAACCGAGUUGGACAAUACGCAAAGUACGGAGUACAGAACAAGUCCAGAGUCAAUCGAUACUACGUCUGAAACUGCACAAACAGUGCGCUUUCCAUCUAUCAUAUCGGAAGAUUUCGUUGGACAGGAUUUACUUGCACCGCAACCCGCAGGUUUGCCACAGCAAAGCACAAGCUUCAAGACCGAAUCAUCAAUGCCGCAAAUACCAGCUGGGUUAUUUGCACCUCAUAUAUCCUUGGAAGACGGAGGAAAUAUUCUGCCAUGGCAGACUUCACAGCAAUGGCCAGAUGAUCCUUUUGAUCUUAAUAGUGUGGAUUUCAUACCGGGUUUCGACUACAUGACGACGUCAUUUGACGAAGCGAUUGCGCCAAGCGUGCCCAAUAUCUACUCAUUAUGA